CGCCGUCGGCAAAAUAUUUUUGUCUUGUGGUGUGUUGUUCAAAACACGCGACAGUCGCUGUCACUGAAAAUACCUACAGGAAUCAGCGAAAUGAAACUAAUAAUAGCGAUUUUCUUGGUUGCCUUUACCCUUCAUUGGGACAUAGGCAAUUCUGCUGAGGUAAGUGAAGAAGCAGGGAUACGCGGAAUUUGCAAAGAAAUUUGUGCAGUUCGAGGCCACUGCACUAGUCCAAAAGCGAAAUCGUGUCAAGCGUGUAAAAGAAAUUGUUGGAAGUUUAUUAACACUAUUGAACUGAAGGAAAAUGAAGCGGAGGUGGAAGCUCUGCUUUCAACUGUUCGUCGUUUGGUCGAGUUGGCAGGCACUCGAGGUGAUCAAGGUGAAGAAACAACGAAUCUGUUGAAAAUCUUGGUAAAAGCAAUGAUUCAGCAAGAAGAUAAUGAAAUAGCCGAUAAAAGAGCUAAGAAACAGAGAGAAAAAGACAUGAAAAUGAUCUGCAAAGAAGUUUGCGUCGUUCAAGGGCAUUGUAAAUCGAGAAGAGCUACUAGGAAUACUUGCUCAACAUGCAGGGAGCGAUGUUUUACCCAAAUUGACUUGAAUUCAAACAAUAUUGUUGCUGAAGAAGAAACAAUGAAGGCAAUCAAAAAAGCAUAUCAAAACAAAAAGGAUGAGCCGACAUGGAAUACAGAGUCAAUGUCGGAAUUAAUUCGCGCAGUAGGAGAAGAAAUGUCAAAAUUUCAAGCCACGAAGAAGCCUGAAAAGGAAAGCGCUAAACCCGAAGAUAAAGGAUCACAUUUACAACCUGAAAAACUUUGUAAAGCGAUGUGCAAGUUUCAGGGAGUGUGCGAAGAAGCAGAAGAUAAUUGUCGAACAUGUACUUCGGAAUGUAUCAAACAACUGGAUUCCAACAAAAUGUUUGAAAAUAUAGACGGAGAAACAAAACUACAACUAGAAAUAUUGCUACUUGUUAUCAGAAAUAGCGAUGAUAACUCGCUGAUUGAAUCUCCAGAAAUGUCAAAAAUAGUGAAAGAUUUGCUAUCAAAAAUACGUGGAAUCGAUAUCACAGAAGAAGAAGACGAAGAGAAAGGCGGAGAAAAAGAAAACAAGGACUUGCUUCUAAAACCAGAAGAGCUUUGUAAAGCAAUGUGCAAGUUUCAGGGAGUAUGUGCAGAAGCAGAAGACAAUUGUCGAACAUGUACUUCGGAAUGUAUCAAACAAUUGGAUUCCAAAAAAAUAUUUGACAAUAUAAACGAAGAAACAAAAUUACAAUUAGAACGAUUACUUCUUGUUAUCAGAAAUAGCGAUGAUGACUCGCUGAUUGAAUCUCCAGAAAUGUCAAAAAUAGUGAAGGAUUUGCUAUCAAAAAUACGUGGAAUUGAUGUCACAGUAAAUGAAGAACAGGAAUAUGAUUUGAAGAUAGAGAAAGUCUGCAAAGCCAUGUGCAAAUUUCAAGGACAAUGUAAAGAAGAAUUUGACAACUGUAGAAUCUGCACCUCAGAAUGUUCUGCAAAACUUGAUUCCAGCAAAUUGUUUGAAAAUUUAGACGAAGAAACAAAACUACAAUUAGAAAGGUUACUUCUCAUUAUCAGAAAUAGCGAUGAUGACUCGCUGCUCGAAACUUCAGAAAUGUCCAAAUUAGUGAAAGAUUUGCUACAGAAAAUAAUUGAAAUAGAGAUCGUAGAAGAAAAAAGCGAAUAUGAUUUGAAGAUAGGCGAUGUCUGCAAAGCCAUGUGCCAGUUUCAAGGGCAAUGUAAAGAAGGAUUUGACAACUGUAGAAUCUGCACUUCAGAAUGUUCUGCAGAAUUUGCAAGGCUCGUUGGCACAGACUCUUUGGAUGAAAGGUCACAAGUUAUGCUGCAGAAACUUUUACUUGUCAUAUCUAAUGCUGAUACUGGAUCGAUAAUGAAGACAGAAGAAAUGUCCAUGAUUUUAAAAGAAUUACUACAGAACCUAACAAAAACAAACAAAUCAAACAAAAAUCAACAAGAAACAAAAAGACAACCGACAGAGGUAGAAUACAUGUUAUGUGAUGAAGUGUGCAAGAUGCAGGGCAAAUGCAAUUCGGGGAAUUCCCCUGAAUGCAAAUCAUGUUCUGACAAAUGCUUGAAAACAGUAAAUAUAACGAACGGGAUGAUUGCAUUGGACCAAAAUACUUUUGAUCAAUAUCGGAAACUUAUGUCAAUAGUUUUGGUGAAUUUACAAAACAACUCCAAUUUAAUGAAUUUACUCGGCUCGGAUGAUAUCGAAAAAUUGCAGAGAUUGUUUCUUGUCGCAUCUACAUCAGAAGAUGAUAUUUUCUUGAAUGAUCCGGAAACAAUACAAUUUAUGAUGUCUGUCAUUCGAAAACUUGAAAAUUCAACUCUGGUAUCCAUUGUUACAGAAGAUGAUGAAAAUAAAGAAUCCCUUUUACAAUCAGAAGAGCUUUGUAAAACAAUGUGCAAGUUUCAGGGAGUAUGUGCAGAAGCAGAAGACAAUUGUCGAACAUGUACUUCGGAAUGUAUCAAACAAUUGGUUUCCAACAAAAUGUUGGAAAAUAUAGACGAAGAAACAAAAUUACAAUUGGAAAGAUUACUUCUUGUUAUCAGAAAUAGCGAUGAUGACUCUCUGCUCGAAACUCCCGAAAUGUCAAAAUUAGUGAAAGAUUUGCUACAGAAAAUACGUGGAAUGGACAUCGUAGAAGAAAAAGAAAAUGUUGAUAAAGAAAAUGAAGCUGAAUUUCAAUUCAAAAAACUGUGCAAAGCAAUGUGCAACCUCCAGGGGAUGUGUAUUGAGGACGAUACACAAAACUGCAAAAUCUGUACAAAGGAAUGUGUUAAACAACUUAAGAGUGAUGAAUAUAUUCAAAGCAUGAAUCGAGAUUCAGAAUUUCCACUGGAAGAACUUUUGCUGGUUAUUUCAAACGUUAAGCCUGUUUCGAGUAAAGUAUUACAGAAUCUUGACGAAGAAACAAAAUUGCAGUUGGAAAGAUUUUUACUUGUAAUAGGAAAUGGUGAUUCGUCCAUACUUAUGUCUUCUGAAAUGUCGAACAUAAUGAAAGAUUUGCUUACAAAACUGAGAGAAAUCGAUGUUAACGGAAAAACAGUAGAAGGUGAAAUGGGAGAUUCAGUUACCCAGUCAAAAAAAGCUUGUGAAACAAUGUGUAAAUUCCAGAGAAUGUGUUUGAACGAAAACUCUAACAAUUGUAAAUCUUGUAUAUUGGAAUGUACUGAAAAACUUUUUAUUUUGAAUAAUACAGUUGCUAAACAAGCAGAAAUCAACAAAUUGGAUGAUGAUACGAAAAUAAUGUUGGAACGAUUGCUACUGGUGUUAUCAUCAACAAACGAUACAACGAUAUUGGAAUCAAAAGAAAUGACAAGCUUCAUAAACAACUUAUUAAUCAAGCUGAGAGGGAUUGAAAUAAGUGAAGAGCAUGGAAAUGAUUUGAAUUUGGAGAAAAUUUGUAAGGCAAUGUGCAAGUUUCAAUCGCAAUGUAAAGAGGAAUUUGAUAACUGCCGAACCUGCUCUUCAGAGUGUUCUACAGAACUUGCAAAACUCAUAGGCACGAAUCAAUUGGACAAAGAAUCACAAGUGAUGAUGAACAGGCUUCUACUAGUAAUAUCAAAUGUUGAUGCAGAUUCUAUGUUGAACAAAGCAGAUAUUUCAAAACAGUUGAAGGAUUUGAUUUCGAAACUUACACAAGGUGGAUCGUUGGGCACAAAAGAAGUGCCAGGGAAACCAACUGAGUUAUCAAACUUGCUCUGUGAUGAAGUUUGCAAAAUGCAAAACAAAUGCGAUUUAAAGGAUUCGUCUGAAUGUAAAACCUGUGUAGAUGAAUGCUCUAAUUCAGUAAUUAUCUCGAAUGGAAUGAUUAAAUUAGAUGACAAUACCUUUGCUCAAUACCGGAAACUCAUGUCAUUUAUUUCAUUGAAUAUACAAACUAACACGAAUUUAUUGGACCUGCUUGAUUCUGAUGAUGUGACACGACUUCAACGAUUGUUUCUUGUCGCAUCAACAUCAGAAGAUGAUACUGCCUUGAAUAAUCCUGAAAUGCUUGAAUUCUUGAUGUCAGUCAUUGUGAAACUUCAAAACGCAACUGCGAUUCCCACUGUUACAGUUGCGCCUUCAACUGAAUCACCUUCAACAUCUACAAACUACGAUGAUAUAGAAAUAUUUUGUAAAGUUAUAUGUUGGAGUCAAAAUUGCUCUCCUGAUGAACUUUCCUCAAACAACUGUCAGGUUUGCAGAAGAAACUGUGUCUCAAAUUUUGGAGAAAAUGAAAAUUUAAAAACACCAGAGGGAAUAAAACUUCUCAAACAAUUAACAGAAUCUGUAAAAAUAAAUGCAGAUGGAUCAAUCACUGUUAAUUCUGACACCGACAAAUAUCUAGCAAAACUGACGCAGGUUAUUUACGGUCAUGCUAGCACAGCAUCGCCUACGAUGACGGCACAGACAACGAAGCCAGUACAAUAUUUAUCGACUAAAAUGGUGUGUAAAAUGAAAUGUGCGGAUAGAUGCAUGAAUAGAACAAGCAGGAGAGAAAUUUUGGAUGAAGUUCCAAGAAAAUGUCGAUCUUGUAUAAGAACGAUCUGCAAUUUAUUCCGAAUGUACAAUACUGACUGCCCAUUUGACACAAUGGAAAAUCAAUGUAUUAAAUCCUGUCCACUUGUGCAAAAUGAUAUAAAAGAGCUGAAUGGAGAUUGUGGGGUUUGCUUCGAGAAUUGUGUUUUACGAGAACGACAGAAGCGAAAAUUGGUAAGAAGACGGCAACGUGGUGCCUGAAAAUUGCAUUUAGAAGGAACCAUUUUUCUACCAAAUAACUCUAUUGUACUAUUAUGAACAUACUAAAAAUGUGAAAAAAAAAUAAACGUGGUGGCAGGGUAGAAUAGACAUACAUAUACAUGUGUUGGUGAAAAUGACUUUUACAAAGUAUGUCUGAGGGUAUUUGAUUCAUUAUUAUUAUAACCUAGGCAAGGCUUAGCAGAUCAUUUCAAAUGUUUUAGAUUUUGUGAGUAUAUAAAGGAUUUCUGUUUUAAAAAUCCCUUAUUCCAUUGAAAUCUUUCAAUUCCAGUAAAAUACAAGAUAACAACUGGUUUAGAAGACAAUUGAUUUAUUUGAAUAUUCCGAAUUUUGUGAUUUUUUGAGAUCAGCAGAGUCACCAUAUCCGCUCUGGUUCCCUUCUAUUUCUUUGCUUUAAUUCGUGUUUAGGCAUCUUGAUACUAAAAAAUGUUAUCUCUACAUGAAACAUGUAUAGUGACCUGAUAAAAAUAAAUGGAAUUCUUAGCCUCAUGUCUCCUAUAGAUCAGUGGUUUCUAUAUGACCCUUCUGAUAAGACAAAAUUAGGCAUAUCUUUUGUCUUUUGGUGCUUUCUAAAUAGUCAUUUUGUAUUUCGUAGCGAAAGCUGGUGUUGUGGAAUUGCUUACGAAAUUUGGCAAAUGCUCUAUUUGUUUAUCAUUUACUAAGAUAAACAAAUAGCGAAGGAUUCGAGAGAUCACUUUUUUUAAUUCCGUUCGGUGGGAUUUCGGUAUUGAUUCCUGUCCUGUUAAGUAUGAUUAAAUGUAUUUUAUUCGCUUGGGAUCUCUGUUGAAGGUAAAUGCCCAAUGAGAAUAUAUAUUUGAUUGUGUUAUGGCCUUUCCGUAACCGUGGUAUCAGCACGUUUCUUGAGCUUGUGUAUUUACAUAUUAGCUUAUAUUGGGAUUGCACAAUUAUGAAAUCGUCAUGGUUUGUUUAAUAUACGCGUUUGUGGUUUUGGUAAAACAAAGACUAUAAUAUGGUUUA